GAUGGGUGAAUAUAGAGUCUUGCAAGGAGAGUCAUUACAAGCAUUCAAUGAAGGUAUUGGUUAUAUUUUGAAUCGCUGGGCGGCUCUUCGAACUGCCGUUGAUUUCAUGUGGGGUGGCGAUAACUCUCAUCUCAAAGCUCAACAAUUAAUCGCUGAUGUUUGUUCCUGGUUUUCUCAAUCAAGAGGACCCUUUUAUAUUGAUGACUUGAAAACCUUAAUUUAUGAAGGCAUGAAUGAUGCUUUCGAUCUAGAGAUUUUUGAUGGCAGCGAUAAGGAUAUGGCCGAGGAAAUAUUGGCUAUACGAGAAGAAUGCUUAAAUGGUGAUUUUAGGUAUAUCGACCAUCUCAGAGAAGCUAGUCAUAUUCCAAACUUUUAUCCUCACGUGGAAGAGGUUUUCGAAUAUCCCCCUCCUUCUCCGGAAGACACUGAAAGGCAAGAUAUCAACUCCAAUGAAAGUACUAUUGUGGAUGGUACUUAUGACAACGAUUCAGAUUCUGAUACAACUUCGGAUUCUGUAAACAAGCCUAAUUAA